AUGAAACCAUUAUCACUGAAAGGUCAUGAUCGUGCUUUGACCCGAGUGCGCAUUAAUAGAGACGGCGACUUACUGUUUUCAGCCGGAAAAGAUAAAAGUCCAUGUGUAUGGUAUAUGGAAAAUGGUGAACGGAUCGGAACAUACGAUGGUCAUAACGGUGUCAUCUGGGAUAUUGAUGUCUCGUGGGAUACGCGACAUUUUUGCUCUGCUUCCGGUGAUGUUUUUGUUAAGUUAUGGAAUUGUGAGACAGGCGAUGUGAUAAAUUCAGUUUCAACACCAACAGCUGCACGAUCCAUUAGUUUAUCCUACAGCGGGAACCUGAUUGCUUUUACAACUAUAAAAAUGACGCAGAAUGUGGCCUCAUUAUUUGUUUAUGAUAUACGAGAUGGCUCACAAAUGAGUGGCGAAAAUCAACCAACAUUCAGGAAAUCGCUUCAGACACAAGCUAAUUCCUGCGUUUGGACUCACUUAGAUGACACAAUUUGUGUAGGUAAUGAAAAGGGAAACGUUCAUCAGUAUGAUAUACGCAAGGGAGAUGACAUUGUAAAUUUUAAUGAUGAAGCUCACAAGUUUCAAAUCAAUGAUAUGCAAAUGAGUACUGAUGAAAGUUUCUUGAUAACUGCUUCCAAAGAUAAAACGGCUCGUUUAUUUGAUGCAAGAACUUUGGAUUGCUUAAAGACGUAUAAGGCGGAACGUCCAGUUAAUUCAGCAGCAAUUUCACCCAUUCGGGAUCACGUUAUUCUGGGUGGUGGAGAAGAAGCAAUGAAAGUAACUCAAACGACAGCUGCUUCUGGACAUUUUGAAGCAAAGUUGUAUCAUUUGGUAUUUGAAGAAGAGUUCGCCCGUUUUAAAGGACAUUUCGGUCCAAUCAAUACUCUGGCAUUUCAUCCAGGUGGUAACUGUGUAGUAUCGGGUGGUGAGGACGGCUAUGUUCGUAUUCAAGAAUUUGAUACAGAUUACUUGAAAUUUGAUUAUGAUUUCUGA